AUGUUUAAUGGCAGCGCUUAUGUGGCAUUACACACUUCUCAUCAGAGGGCAUUGUGUGUAAUGGAGGAAAUUCUUAAUAUUACGAUACACCACAGUGGUCAAUUUGUUAGUGAGGACUUGAGUGUGUAUGAAGGAGGUGAGAUUGCUGAUUUGAGAGUAGAUGCUGAUAUGUGGGGUUAUUUUGAGUUAUUGGGUGCUAUUAAGGAACUAGGUUACCCAGCCAUAGAGAAGAUAUACUAUAAGGAUCCAACUGCUGGAAUGAAUCUGUUGUUUGAUGACAAAGGGGCCUUAGAGAUUGCUGAUCUAUAUAGGGUUCAUUUACGUGUUGAAGUCUUUAUUCAACACCCAUUGUCACAGCCUGAGUAUGUUGAUGAGAGUGAAGUUAUUUUAGAUGAGAUACCCCUGAAUGUAAUGGAAGAUGAUGCAGUUAGACAAAAUGAGGUAAGUGAGGAUGCUGUUGGACAGAAGGAGGCAAGUGAAGAUGUUGUUAUACAGAAGGAUAUACAGAAGGAGGCAAUUGAAGAUGUUGUUGGACAGAAGGAGGCAAGUGAAGAUGUUGUUAUACAGAAUGAGGCAAGUGAAGAUGAUGUUGGACAGAAGGAGGCAAGUGAAAAUGCUGUUGGACAGAACGAUGAUGAUAGUUCUGAUGAUGAUAGCUCUGAUGAUAGUAGCUUUUCGUAUGAUAGUGCAAAGGAGGUUGUAUUUGAUGAUGAAACUGAUGACUGUGAUACUGACUUGGAAGAGGAAGAAGGUAUGGCAGAAGUAACUGAUCUCUGUGAAACUGAACCAAAUAAAGAAGAUAGUAAAGGAAGUGAUAAAGGAAGUGAUAAUGAAAGUGAGGAUCUUGUAAGUGAUUGUGAUAGUGAAGAUAGCAAUACUACCAAGAGAAAGAAGUAUCCCAUUUUCAAGCUUCUAAAGGAUAUGUCCAAUUACAAAUGGGAAGUGGGUACAUAUUUUAGUACAAAAGAAGAUAUCAAGGAAGCAGUUACCUCUUAUGCAGUCCAAUCUGGCAGAAAUUUAAAGUACAUCAAAAAUGACAAGAUAAGGGUUAGGGUUAGGUGUAAGGAUGGAUGUGAAUGGGAAGGUUAUUGGGAUAAGUUGGAUGUUGAGGAUACUUGGCAACUAAGAAAGGUGAUAGACACCCAUAGUUGUAGUAGAGAAUAUCAUGUGAAGUUGUUGAAGACUAAAUGGCUUAGCAAGAGGUUGCAGAAUGCACUUAAAACCAACCCUAGAUUGAAGCUUAAGGACAUUAAGGAAAAGGUGCAGAGGAAGUGGAAUGUGGGGGUCAACAAAACCAAGGCUAUAAGGGCUAGGUUUGCAGCAAGAGACAUGGUUGAUGGGUCAUUCUUAGGGGAUUAUACAAGGAUUUAUAACUAUGCACAUGAGUUGUUAAGAUCUAACCCAGGGUCAACUGUGAAAGUACAUGUCCAACCAGCUCAAGAAGGUAGUGUGUUCAGAAAUUACACUUCAAAAGGAUUUACAUAUGCUUGGCAGCUUGUAAGGAAAGCUUCAGGUGGAAGAGAAGAGUGUCUCACAUACACUUUUAUUUCUGAUCAACAAAAGGGAUUAUUGCCUGCAAUGGAGGAACUGCUGCCUACAGUUGAACAAAGAUUCUGUGUUAGGCAUCUCUACAACAACUUUAGGAAGAGAUUUCCAGGAAAAAACUAA